UGGGGGUCCUUUGCCCAGGCUGCCCUCGGGGGGAAGAGAGAGGUUACUGCAGGAGGAGGAAGAAGGGGGGACCCCCUCCCUCCCCAUCUCUGGAAGGUUCCGGGUUGCAGCCUGGAGGAGGCGGGAGGGCGCAGCUGCGCCUUCGGCCUGCGAGCGCUCAGGGGGGCGCCGUCCGCUCGCGAGCUGGCCCAUCGGUGCGCCGCCGCCGCAGCUUCCAGGGCCGGGCGCCUGGUCCGUCGUCGUCGUCGUCGCGGGCGCAGGCGGGAGGGUCGGGAUGGUCCCUCGGGGCGGCCCAGCGGCGGCGACGCCCCCCUAAGGGCCGCCCCCUCGCCGCUCUCCGACCGUCGGAAGCGCCUGGGGCGCAGGAGGAGGCGGCUCGGGAGCUGCUGCCGCGGUUGCUGCUGCACAGGCUGCGGGCUGGCCGGCCGGCCAUGGCCAAGGAGCAGGACGCCGAGGCGGCCGGGGCGGCGUCGGCGGCCGCAGCCGGGGCGGGAGGCCCCCCCGGGAGCCGCGCUCGCCAGCAGCCGCCGCCGCCGCCGCCACCUCUGCAGCCGCGCCUCUGCCACAUGCUGAAGGGCGACAACGGCUACGGCUUCCACCUGCACGGCGAGAAGGGCAAGAGCGGCCAGUUCAUCCGCAAAGUGGAGCCCGACUCGCCGGCCGAGGCGGCCGGGCUGCGCGCCGGGGACCGCGUCGUCGAAGUCAACGGGCUCAACGUCGAGAAGGAGACGCACCACCAGGUGGUGCAGCGCAUCAAGGCCGUGGAAGCAGAGACUCGCUUGCUGGUGGUGGACAAAGAGACCGACGAGUACCUGCGGAGCCUGCAGCUCACCUGCACCGAGGAGAUGGCCCGCACGGGCAUCGUGGCAAACCCCGAGGUGUCGCCGGUCAAGCCGACUGCAAGUGACAACAAUGGUGAGGCCUGGAAGCCCCAGCUGGAUCUGAGCAACCGAAACCUCAAGAGGCACAAGCACAGCUUGAGCUUGGAGAGUGGGAAGAAGGAUCUGAACGGACAACCCAAGGACCUCUGCCCACGACUUUGCCAUCUCAAAAAAGGCCCCACUGGCUACGGGUUCAACCUCCACAGUGAGAAAGCCAGGCCCGGGCAGUUCAUUCGGUCAGUAGACCCGGAUUCACCAGCAUCCAAGGCAGGACUCCGACCGCAGGACAAACUCGUUGAGGUCAACGGGAUCAACGUCGAGGGCCUGAAGCAUUCCGAGGUAGUGUCACAUAUUAAGUCCAAGGAGCAUGAAGCCACACUGCUAGUUGUGGACCCCGAAACAGAUGAGUAUUUCAAGAAACUGGGCAUCACCCCUACAGAGGAGCACAUCGGAGGUGGACUUCCUCAGCCCAUGACCAAUGGGUCAGCACAAACGCAGCUGAAUGGGGGAUCCAUGUCCUCGUCCCACAGCGAUUGCCAAAGUCCUGAGAAGGAGUCUGAGGUGGGAGAGCCUGGGAAGAAGGAUCCGUUUGAGGAGAGCGGCUUGAACCUGAGUCCCACGGCAGCGGAGGCCAAAGAGAAAGUGCGGGCCAAGCGGGUGAACAAAAGGGCCCCCCAGAUGGACUGGAACAAGAAGCGGGAGAUCUUCAGCAACUUCUGAGCCGGCAGAGGAGCUCCUCUCGACUCCUGUUGCGGCUCCCCCCACCCCGGCCUGGAGACAUUUGCAAAUGAGCACGGGGAUGGCGACGGCCGCGCUGUGCCUCCAACGGGCACCGCUCCAAGGCGUGCCAGGCUCUGCUUUUUACCAUAGGUUUGUGUUGCUUUGUACAAAGCACAUUCCCUCCUUCCCCCCUGCCCCCAGCCUCUUUUAUUGUACAAUAGUGGUCAGAGAGAGAGAGAGAGAGAGAUUGAAACUGCAGGGCUCAAACAUACAAAACAGGCAACUGUGAAACUGCCACAGUAACAAGCAGGAAAAGCAAGCGGCAAUUUUCCUUUCCUUUUUGAAUCGCUUAACCUGCAAUAUUUAGAAUGUAUUAUUUAUAGGAUCAUUUUUAUAUCAUUAAUUGUUUGAGCUUCUUCUGCCUCUUCUUGUAGCGAUGUCAAUAUUUUUUUUUUAUAAUGUCCCAACCAGAACUUGUUAACCAGAGCCUUUCCACUUAACUGGAUGCUGCGGUCUGCACUGUGAUGGGUUAGCAGCAGCUGUUGCCAACCUGGUACCCUCCAGAUGUUCCAGAUAAUGGCCACUCCUUGCAGCAGCCCUUGGUUUUGGGCAGGAGGGGGCAUCAGGUUGGCAGAGACUGCUGGGUUUCCAUGUUGGCAUCCUCAUAAAUGUGGUUGCCUGACCAUUUCGUGAUUGUGCGAGUUUUCUCUGUGGCUUUAAACUUGGGACUUUUUAUUUUUUAAAGGAGGGAAAUUUUUUCCGCCCCUCCAUCUGUUCGUAGUUAGUGCUUGAAACGCCCUGACCCUUUAAGCCUCAGGCACAGCAAGCCCCCUUUUCUUUGCAAAUUGUUUUUGCCUUGUUACCACUUUUCAGAACAACUGCGCUUUCCGAAAAGCCCCUUCCCUUCACCAAUUUCCAGAAGAACUGUGCUUUUUGAAAAGUCCCUUCCCUACCAAUCGUGGCAAAAGACCACAAUUAUUUGGUGCGCUCAGGUGCAGAAAUGCAUGCCAUCCCUUGCCAACCCCCUGGGGCCAGGGUAGGAUAGAAGGAGGGGGGGAAAGCAAGCGCCCCCCCUUCUAAAUCCUGACAUUUAUAAGGAACACUGUUCUGAAUUGGCUGUAGCCAGAAGCUGGAAAUAACACUUUUUAAGCGAGACUUGGGAGAAGCACAGGAAGACAAUUGUAUCCGUGAAAUACUAACAUUCCUGGGAGCGGUUCCUCUGGGAGACAGUGUCCUGCUGGCAAACGGACGGGCGUCUCGAGAUUUAAACAGAAGCUCCCCCCUUUUUGUGCAAGUUCAUUUAACCUCCAACCGCACAACUAUUUCCACUUCCAGGCCUUUUGAAAACAUGCACCCCAUUUCAACAUUGCUGAUGUUUCAGUGUCUGCACCAUUAACCAACCUUCCUUUCAGUUUAGCAACAAUAAGGUAUCUGCACGUAUCAGCUGUUCUAAGGAAAGGCUGUAGUGGAUGGUCUCCCCUUUAACAUAUGACUACUAACCCUUUCCACAGGCAGUGCCCGGGGUGGGAGAUGAUGGACAGAGUGGUCCCCAAAGCCUUUUCUAGGCCGAGGGCCACAUUCCCUUGUGGGCGAUCUUCUGGGGGCUGCAUACCAGUGGCAGGAGAAACCAGAAGCAAAGGUGGUGGAGCUCAAAGGGCUUCCCCCCCCCACCUACAAUGGUCUGAGGUUCUACACCAACCCUCACCCUUCUCCAACCAUGGAAUCCAAAAGGUUUCAUUACAGUCCAAGAACAUUUCCCAGUCAGGGAUAAAGGACAUGAUGAAAGCACCAAGCAGGCCUUGGUUUGAGAAGGGGGAGUGGCCUAGGAAGCAUCCUGAGGGCCAGAUGGAGAGGCCUGAAGAGCCGCAUUUGGUCACUGGGCCUGAGGCACCCCCUCCCUACAGCCAAAGUCAAAUCUCAUGCUUUAACCAUAACACAUAAAGUUGAAUUUAACAAGCUCUGAAUGUGUUUUAGCUUCUGCAAUGUUCUUUCUGAAGGAAUGGCUCAGAAGCACAGAAUGUGUCUCUUUUUUGAGACGGCAACACAUCCACAUCUACUGACCAUCUGACCUGCUCAUUACCAGCGUUAGGCACUCUCCGUUACUUCCCCCACCCCCCAAAUAGAAGAAUUGUUAUUAAAGGCAAGGAGGCAUGGAAGAGGUUGGAUUGCCAUCU